AUGGUCGAAUCCACCAACACUCAUAAUCCGGCACACGCUGACGCUGUGGAUGAAGCUCCUAUCAAAGAAAGUGAAUCUGCCACAAACGUUCAAAUCCCAUCUGAACCUCACACUACCUCUGCUGAAUCCAAUGGUAAUGGCUCUGCUGGUGCUGGUGGUCUAGAGCCUCCAACUGAUGAAGCUCCAAAUUUAAAAUCAAAUGGUCCAACUGUCACCACAACUCCUGAAAUCAAAAUCAUUAGAAGAAAAUUGAAUGGUUAUGUUGGUUUUGCAAAUUUACCAAAGCAAUGGCAUAGAAAAUCUAUUAGAAGAGGCUUCAAUUUGAAUCUUUUAAGUGUUGGUGAAUCUGGUUUGGGUAAAUCAACUUUAAUCAAUACAUUGUUUAAUAAAGAAUUAUAUCAACCAAAAGAACCAAGAGAUCCAGCUGUGGAGAGACCAACAGGUGUUUCCAUUGAUACAAUUAGUUCAGAGAUUGAAGAAAAUGGUGUUAAAUUGAACUUGACAGUGAUAGAUACUCCAGGUUUUGGUGAUCAAGUUAAUAACACUGAUUCAUGGCAACCAAUUGUUGAUGAAAUUAAUUCAAGAUUCGAUUCUUAUUUGGAAUUUGAAAACAAGAUAAAUAGAACAACAGUUGCUGAUACAAGAAUCCAUGCUUGUUUGUAUUUCAUUGAACCAACUGGACAUUCAUUAAAACCUUUAGAUAUUGAAUUUUUAAAACAAGUACACAAGAAAGUUAACGUCAUACCAGUUGUUGCCAAAUCAGACACUUUAACUGAAGAAGAAAUUUUAGAAUUCAAACAAAGAGUCUUGGAUGAUAUUAAAACUCAAGGUAUUGAAAUCUUUGAACCAAAAAUUUAUGAAAAUGAUGAUGAAGAAACUAUUUUAGCCACAAAGGAAAUUUUAUCAAAAGUUCCAUUUGCAAUUGUUGGUUCCACAACAGAAAUCCAAACUGCUGAUGGUAGAACUGUUAGAGGUCGUCAAUAUCCAUGGGGUGUUAUUGAAGUUGAUAAUGAAGACCAUAAUGAUUUUGUUAGAUUACGUCAACUUUUGAUUAGAAACUUUUUGGAAGAAUUGAGAGAAAAGACAGCAAAUGUUUUAUAUGAAGCUUAUAGAAGUGAAAAAUUAGAGAAAUUAGGUAUUCCACAAGAUCAUAGUGUAUUCAGAGAAUUUGAUCCAUCUAUUAAACAACAAGAAGAGAAAGCAUUACAUGAAGCUAAAUUGGCCAAAUUAGAAGCUGAAAUGAAGCAAAUAUUCCAACAAAAAGUUAGUGAAAAAGAAAAGAAAUUACAAAAAUCUGAAGCUGAAUUAUUUUCAAGACAUAAAGAAGUUAAAGAAAAACUUUUGAAACAAAUCAAGUCAUUAGAAGAAAAGAAAAAACAAUUAGAAAACGCACGUCUGAAUGCAUAUGAACCAGCUCCAGCUCCAGCUCCAAAGGCUAAAAAAGGUUUCUUACGUUAG